ACUAUUCAGAUAAACCUAUUACGAUCAGUAUCUUACUCACUCCAAAUAUUGCAAAAAACACCAUUGUCCACCUUGGCUAAAAAAGGACUUCGUUCAUCAACUAACUUCAAUCAUGUCGCUGACGACUAGCGGGCACGAGCGAUUUGUUGGAAGCUGUUAUAAAUGGGAAGAUACACUGAGUAAAUGUAGUGCGGAGUAUAUAUGUAUUAUUCAUUGUCAGCAGUUAGAGUAUGUCUCCUGGGAUUAGAUUCGCCCCAGCCAGCCUACAGCAGGGUGACACAUCGGCCCGGAUACAUACAGGGAGAGGAGCAUGAUAGAUCGAUAGGUAGAAUUAAUAAACAGUGCUCUGUUAUGAGGCAGGGAUCACCUUGAUGUCUGCUGCCGUCUUACAUCGUACUACCGAGGCGGACGCUGAUGGGUUAAAUGUCACUCCAAGUGUAGUGACGUAGUCCGUGCAUGCGGAUACUAUAUGCCAGGGGAGGAUUAAGGCCACUUCUGGACAUUAAACCGGCGUGUGUUACUAGAAGCCAAUCCAUUGUUUUACCGUGAAAGUGACGUAUCGCCGAUUUCGUGAGAGUGACAGGAAGCCGGAAAAGGGAUAGUUUAUCCCGGAAGAGGUGUGUCCUUUAUGCUUGAGAGACUUCUGGAUCUCGAGGCUUUUAGAGUGAUUUACGACAAAAAUAUUAUCAGGCGGUGCCGACUUCGUGUGUGGAUUGCUGACGCCCUGGAAACAGCACGCAGAGCCAUUUCUGGGAGUAGCUUGCUUCGCAAUCCGGAUUCCGGAACUUGGGAAAUAUAGCGAAGUGUAACAUUGGUAAAUUGUUCUUGCUAACCUGCUUGGUUAUAUAUUGGGAUACCAUUUUCAAUUCGAAAUUAUUUCCUUAUCAGGAAAAACAUUCAAACAUGAAUCAUGGAGUAAGAAAUUAAGGAGGACUAUUUUUGCAAUACCGACCUGCAUGAUUUUUAAUAGAUCAGAGAGUGAUUUACAAAACAUGUGCUGUUAAAGACAUAACGCAACAGUACGAAAUAAGACUCCUUACUGGAAUAUUACAUUUGUGGAUUUAUUUAUCAACCGAUAUUGUAAAAAAAAAGUGAUAUUAGAACGCUGUUUACAUAAAAAAGGAAGAUAGAUAAUGAAAAAGGAUAUGAUUUAAUGAAAAGUUCUACCAAUUCUGGGAAAUAUAACCAGUUCGUCUGCAUCCGUGUUUGUACAUCGAGAUAAGCCAUAUAACAGUGGAAGGUUAUAUGUAGUGACACGGUCGUAGCAACACUCCUGAGAUAAGUGUAAAGGGGUUUUCAUUACAGUCCGGUCCAUCCCGACGGAUUACCAUUAAUGACGACGAGGACCAGCAGUGCUGUGUACACAGGUUUAAAACUCCUCUGAUUGGAUUCCAGAUGUGGCUAGGAUAUAUUUCUGUGUCCUUCUGAAAAACAAGAAGCCAGUGUUUAUAGUCCGACAAAGAGCAAUGCCAGUGGAUUUUGUGGUAGUACAAUUGUCAUAAAAUAAACUCUGAUUAAACUUGAAGAAUUAGAAAAAACGGUGACGUAAGCUACUGAGUAGUUAGGAUUAGGUCAGUGGUACUGUCUGUGAAUUAGGUCAGUGGUACUGUCUGUAAAUUAGGUCAGUGGUACUGUCUGUGAAUUAGGACGGUGGUACUGUCUGUGAAUUAGGACGGUGGUACUGUCUGUGAAUUAGGACGGUGGUACUGUCUGUGAAUUAGGACGGUGGUACUGUCUGUGAAUUAGGACGGUGGUACUGUCUGUGAAUUAGGACGGUGGUACUGUCUGUGAAUUAGGACGGUGGUACUGUCUGUGAAUUAGGACGGUGGUACUGUCUGUGAAUUAGGACGGUGGUACUGUCUGUGAAUUAGGACGGUGGUACUGUCUGUGAAUUAGGACGGUGGUACUGUCUGUGAAUUAGGACGGUGGUACUGUCUGUGAAUUAGGACGGUGGUACUGUCUGUGAAUUAGGACGGUGGUACUGUCUGUGAAUUAGGACGGUGGUACUGUCUGUGAAUUAGGACGGUGGUACUGUCUGUGAAUUAGGACGGUGGUACUGUCUGUGAAUUAGGACGGUGGUACUGUCUGUGAAUUAGGACGGUGGUACUGUCUGUGAAUUACAACGGUGGUACUGUCUAUGAAUUAGGACGGUGGUACUGUCUGUGAAUUAGGACGGUGGUACUGUCUGUGAAUUCCACUGACAUCAAAGUUGUGCCGAUCAACGUUAUCAUUUUCACGUUAAUUCUCCGGAUACGAGGAACUUAGCUUAUUGAUAAUUAAAGUGACGUUACGUUAUCAAUAUUCUAGUUAUUGAUAUGCGCUAAUAAUAGCCGUGUUAACUUAGGUUAUCCAACGUAAUUACAAAAACACAUCAAUUCUGAUUGUUAUCAUACUCGUCUGUAGAGCGGACUAUUGAUUAACACGAUUGAUACCGAUCAGCGCCAAUAGAGGGCGCUGUAAUUUUGAAAUCCGGUCAUCGGAUAAACCACCUGCUUACAAUUAAAGUGACACAAUAACUCGUUAAAUAAGUAACAUGACGCCUAUCGGUAUGUAUUAGCUACCAGCAGGUUCGUGUGAAAGGUUAAACUAUCCCUGUGCCCACGAACACAUGCCUGUCAAGCAAUCAACUGUCUUCUGUGUUAACUGUUACAGACAGUUAAUCUGUGUAGUUCAGUCUUCUGUCUGGAGUAUCUAGCUCACUGGCCAUAAAAGGGCAGCAGCAUAUAUAAACUGCAACAAACCAAUUUUGUGGCCUGUUCGUGCGGAAUCCGUUCGUGUAAAACCUGCAUCAUUCACUUGAGUUGUAUUGUUGUUUAGAGCGAACGUACCUUGUCAGAUUCGUAAUCACUCCCCUCUCCUGUACUGUCAAUAGACGAACUCUAUGAUAUCUGUACAUUUAUAGGUGGUGGGAUUAACACAAAUAUUUCAGACAGAUCAGCAUUUUAGUGUGAUUUGAAGUGAAGUAGCUGUCAGUGUCGACUCCCAUUAGAUUGUACUAGAAAGAGGACUGUCAAACUCCGAGGUCAACAGCGCCACCUGGUGUCAAGAUGGCGGAACCAGCACAAGAGAACUCUUACAUCCUACAGAAAAGUCAGACAAUGUCGGACUUCUCGGAGACGAGUAGUAUGGGCGACACACGCCAGCUUGUGGAAGAAAAAGAUGAUGGCCGCGUUCGCAGUAAUAUUCCGAUGACGAGCUUCAAUUUCAUCAAUUCCAUCAUCGGCUCGGGGAUAAUAGGUAUACCAUUCGCUCUGAAGCAGGCCGGAUUCGCCUUUGGUAUAUUCCUGUUAAUUUUAGUAGCUGUCGUAACAGAUUAUUCAGUGUUAAUUCUAAUCGAGGCGGGAAAACUAUCAAACACCAAAAGUUAUCAGGACAUGAUACUAGUAGCCUGUGGACGACCAGGAUUCUAUAUACUGACCACUCUACAGUUUCUGUACCCUCUUAUAGCAAUGAUAAGCUACCAAGUCAUUAUAGGAGAUACAAUCACAAAAGUUAUAAUAAGCAUAGGCGGAGAAGAACAUUACGCGUUAGGUGAUACCAUUCUAGCCAACAGACAGUUUAUAAUUUUCCUGUCCACAUUGCUCGUCACCUUACCGCUGUCACUUUAUCGAGAUAUAGCCAAACUUAGUAAGUGGGCGUUUCUGUCACUGGUACUGGUGCUGUUCAUCCUCAUUUGUAUCUGUGUCCGGCUAGCAACCUUUGCUCACUUUAUUCCACCAACAGAUGAUGCCUGGACCGUAGUGUCUCCUAAUGUAGCGCAGGCGAUUGGUAUCAUGGCUUUCGCGUACAUGUGCCACCACAACACAUUCCUGAUACAUGGUUCGCUGGAGAAUCCGACCAAUCAGAGAUGGAGUUUUGUUACUCACGUCAGCAUCUUUUUCUCCAUGCUUAUGCUCAUCGUGCUCGGGAUCAUUGGUUAUGUGUCCUUCACCGGACUAGUACAGGGUGACCUCCUGGAGAAUUACUGUCACGACGACGAUCUGAUGACCGUGGCCAGGUUUGCCUUUGCCUGUACUAUCAUGUUAACCUACCCAGUGGAGUGCUUCGUAACAAGGGAGGUGCUGUCCAACGCCCUUUUCCCCACGAUGAAGGAUGAAUUGCCGUUAUGGCGUCAUAUAGGCAUCACCGUUGGUGUGGCUAUCAUCACUGUUGUCGUCUCUAUGGCAACCGAUUGUCUUGGAAUAGUAUUUACUGUAAAUGGUGUGCUCGUAGCCUGUCCCCUAGCGUUUAUAAUACCGCCUGUAUGUUUGAUGAAGUUGCGACAGGAACCUCUACUCAGCAAGAGCAACAUUGUACCAAUGAUGAUUGGUGUAUUCGGAUCACUAGUCGUGAUUAUUGGUGUUGUUAUGGCAAUUCUGAACCUCUCGGAAGGCAUCCAGUGCAGUCACGGUGUUGAGAUGGCCUAUUGUAAAAAUCAUCAACCAACUAGUCCCACACCCUUUUCCAAUUUUACUACACCUUCAGCUAAUUUUUCUUUAACUCCCUUAUCGUAAUUAUGUUUAUUAAUGUGCAAUUUAAAUGUGUUGUUUUAUUCCUGUUAUUAGCGUUCUUGUUAUUAAUGGUAUUUACAUAUUUAACUUAAUUUCGCUUUCUAUUUUACAUUCCUUAAACAUGUGUAAUAUUAAAAGGUUAAACAAAGGGUGACAACUCUAUGUUUCUUAACUGAUUUCCAUUCCGGGUUCAAUGGUAUUUCUAAUGGAUGAAAGUGUGAAAAUAUGCUCAUCUUGUUACAUAAGGGUAUUGUUCUAAAUUGUCAAAUACACAUCUGAUAACUUCCCAAUAGUCCUGUGUAUGUGUGUUUAUUGAAAGAACAAUUUCAAUUUUCCUGAUAUUAUAUUCUUCAUAAUGAGAAUCUUCUCACGUGACUUCAAAUUCUUACUGCUUGCUGGAAAUAUCAUUCGAAACAUUUCAUCUUUUCUUACAAAAGUCUUUUCUGUAUAUUUAUAGUUUAUGAUGGCAAUGCGUUUUUUCUUUGUCCUUAAGGUGUUUAACAUGUAGAUCAUGCCAUUUGCGGCAGGUCACAGUAUUUGUAAGCGCAGUAAGGAGUCGAACACCCGACUUCAGUUGGAGACCUAUAAAUGAUUCGAUUAAGCGCUUGGACUGUAUCAAAGCAAACUAGGAAUAAGACUAAAUUUUAAAUAAUUUAAGAUUCGGAUAAUCAGGAUUUGGAUAAUUGACAUUAUUCUAUAUAUAAUUACACAGAAAUGGUUCUUUGAGAGUAAUGCUUUAAUAUUGUAUCUAAUGUUAAAAACAGGUCUUGAACAUAUCGCUGGCGUAAAAUGAAAAAGAAAAUUGCAAUAAUCAAAAAUGGAUGGUUACAUUAUAAGAUUAUCGAAGUUCAAAUCACUUAAAUCAAUUACAGAUUGAAAUACAUUGUGUUGAUAUGUUAUAUUUACUAAUUUGAUUGUAAUGAAGCACAAUUAAAAUUUAUAACUUUAAAUCCAUAUCAGUAGACAAGCUUUGCUGAUUAUUACCACUAAUAAGACUACUAAGUGCUCUGUUGUUAUGUGUCAGCUUGAUAUGUGAUAAAAUAUGAAAUUAAUUAUAUCAUUUAAUUUAAAAAAAUGCCUCGAUAG